UUCAACAUUUUCUACACCUUUUUUUUUUUUGGUCUUCCCUUAGCAUUUGUUGAUAAAGGUACAGGACUUACACAUUCAUUUGCUCAGCAAAGCGCUGAACCUAUAAGUUUAUCGACUCCCUAAUUAGAUGCCCGAACUUGUCCGGAUCAUACCAGUUUAAGCAACCAGCAUCUCUCACAUGAGGAUUUCACAUAGAUGGAGAAGCUAUUAAUAAUUUGACUGCAGAUUGCUUAAUACACUCAUUUUCUUUGUUCUUUUAAUGUUCUAAUUUUUUUUUUUAAACUUUAAACGCUGUUUUUUAUUUAGAGAAAAAGGAUUCAAGCUCAAUUUUGAGUAUAAGAAUACAUGUAUUUAUUAUUAAAAUAUUAGUAAUUUCGCUCAAUAUGUAUUUUUUUUUUUCCAUUUUUUCGUUAUCAAUAAGCAACUUUAAACCUUUUGAAAUAGAAUCCAGAAGGCAUGCAUUGUUCCAUGUAAAAUAAGGUUUUUUUUUUUUAAUCAGUACCCAAACCCGAGAAACCACUCCAAGUUCAAUCGGGUUUUCUGUCCUCAUACCGUCCAGUCCAGGGCCCUUUUCCAUUCAUAGCCGACUCCUCACUUCCUGCACCAACAGUCUCCCCUUUUACGAUAAUCAACCAGUAAGUUAUCAAACUCUACAAAUCAUACUUCCUUUCUGGGAUUUUCAAGUCUCAACUUUUUUUUUUAGUUUUUUUAUUAGAUCUUCAUAGUUUUUAAUUGGGUUAUUAUUAUUACUUUUAAUGUCUUUUGUUUUAUGGUUUUUGUUUGGUUUCUGGGCUCUUGCCAUUGUAACUCUGGGUUUGUUUAUUUCUACUCUUUGCUGUUUGAGAAAACUCCUAAAAGAGAAGAUCUUUUUCUAAACAUGGUGUGGUGGCAGAGACAUUUGCAAUGUGCACUUCGUCAAGUUGGGAGAAGACUGGAGCAUAAUUAUACUCCGUCUGCCCACUAUUCUUCUACUUCUCGCUUAAGCUCCUCUCUUUUACCUUGUGAACUGCCUAGCAUUCGGAGAUUGUGGAGAUCACCUUCUGCUAGUAUCUCAACGCCUUUAUAUCAGUAUUUCCAACAAUUUUUGGGAUGUCUUGCUUUGUCUAAUGAUGAAAAAAAUACAGAGGGAAUUUCCACUUCAAGGAAGUUACUAGCAGGUUCAUCUGAAGAGACGCCCAUUUCAUCACCAUUAACUCCUGUUUUGGCAAUAGAUGGUGGGAAGACUGAAGAGAAGAAAGUUGUUCCUAGUUGCUCAAAAGUUCAAGCAGUGUUAAAGAAGAUAAAACAGAGUCCUAAGAAAGUCAACUUAGUUGCUGCAUUAGUUCAUGGUAUGCGUGUUGAGGAUGCAUUAUUGCAGUUGCAAGUGACAGUAAAGCGUGCUGCUAAAAGCGUCUAUCAGGUCAUUCACUCGGCUUGAGCGAAUGCUACCCAUAAUCAUGGAUUGGAUCCAGACCGUCUGCUAGUUGCCGAGGCAUUUGUGAGGAAGGGAUUAUUUUUGAAGAGAGUUUCGUAUCAUGGUAAAGGGCGAAGCAGAAUUAAAGAGAUACCAGAGUGUCGACUAGCAGUUGUAGUUGGGGAGAUGACCCCGGAAGAGGAAGCCAAGAUAGCCAGGUUGAAAGUAAGCAAGUUUCGCAAGCUUACUAAGCGCGAAAGGCGACUAGUGCCCCAUAAGCUUUUUGAAGCCACUCCUAUUUGGAUUUACAAAGGCAAAGCCAGCAGCCAGUAACCAAAUGGCAUGGCUGCAUGAGAUUUCUCCCUUAAAUGUUUUUGCAUUUGAACUGAGUUUUUAAGUGCCAAAAUGAUUUUAGUUUAUCCCCUGGUGGUGCUCCAAUAUAUUUUUUCAAUGGCUGGAUAUGGUUUUGAGAAAUGUGGAAUCUCACCCAAACCAAUUGCUGCAACAUUUAAAAUUCAACCAUAUUCUACAGAGAUGCUUAUCCUGUACAUCAGCAUUUUUUUAAAGUUAAAAAACUCCAAUGUUGAAAUAUAAAAUCAACUAAGCAAUGGAUAGUGUACGAAGAGAAGCCAUUCCCUUUCUGCUACAAAAUUGGCAUUGCUCCGAAUCAUUCUUCGGAUUAAGUAUA